CGAGUCUGCCGGCGCGGGCUUUUUAGAAGUUAGCGGCUGUGGUGAGUUCCCUGAUAACAGGAACAAUGGACCAGAAAAUUUUAUCUCUAGCAGCAGAAAGAACAGCAGACAAACUGCAAGAAUUUCUUCAAACUCUAAAAGAUGAUGAUUUGACUCACCUCCUUCAGAAUCAAGCAGUGAAAGGGAAAGCUGCUGGAGCACUCCUGAGAGCUAUCUUCAAAGGUUCCCCCUGCUCUGAAGAAGCUGGAACUCUUAGGAGACAUAAGAUAUAUACUUAUUGUAUCCAGUUGGUGGAAUCAGGGGAUUUGCAGAAAGAAGUAGCAUCUGAGAUCAUAGGCUUACUAAUGCUGGAGGCUCACCAUUUUCCAGGACCGUUUUUGGUUGAAUUAGCCAAUGACUUUGUUAGUGCUGUCAAAGAAGGCAGUCUAGUAAAUGGAAAAUCUCUGGAGUUACUGCCUAUCAUCCUCACUGCCUUAACCACUAAAAAGGAAAAUCUGGCUUAUGGAAAAGGUGAAUUCAGUGGGAAAGAAUGUAAGAAGCAGUUGAUUAGCACCCUCUGUUCUGGCAGAUGGGAUCAGCAAUAUGUAAUACAACUCACCUCCAUGUUCAAGGAUGUUCCUCUGACUGCAGAAGAGGUGGAAUUUGUUGUGGGAAAGGUGUUGACAGUAUUCUCCAAGAUGAAUCUUCAAGAAAUACCACCUUUGGUCUAUCAGCUUCUGGUUCUCUCCUCAAAGGGAAGCAGAAAGAGUGUUUUGGAAAGAAUCAUAGCUUUCUUCAAUGAGCUAGAUAAGCAGCACACUGAGGAACAGAGUGGUGAUGAGUUGUUGGAUCUUGUUACCGUGCCAUCAAGUGAACUUCGUCAUGUGGAAGGCACUGUUAUUCUACACAUUGUAUUUGCCAUCAAAUUGGACUGUGAACUAGGCAGAGAACUCCUCAAAUGUAUAAAGGCAGGACAACAAGGAGAUUUCAUUAAUAACUUAUGUCCCUUCAGCAUUGCUCUUCUUCUUUCUGUGACAAGAAUACAAAGAUUUGAGGAACAGGUGUUUGAUCUUUUAAAGACUUCGGUUGUGAAGAGCUUCAAGGAUCUUCAGCUCCUCGAAGGCUCUAAAUUUCUUCAGAAUCUAAUUCCUCAUAGGCCUUGUGUUUCAGCCAUGAUCUUGGAAGUUGUAAAGAAUAGUGUUCAUAGUUGGGAUCAUGUUAUUCAGGGCCUGGUAGAACUUGGUUUCAUUUUAAUGGAUUCAUAUGGGCCAAGAAAGAUUCUUGAUGUGAAAACUAUUGAAAUCAGCUCAGGUCAUUCUAGAAUGUCAAAUCAGCAUGCAUGUAAGCUGGGAGCUAAUAUCCUGUUGGAAACGUUUAAGGUCCUUGACAACCUGCUUUCAAAUAUCAUCAUAUAUGCACCCUUAGUUCUUCAGAGUUGUUCUUCUAAAGUCACAGAAACUUUUGACUAUCUGUCAUUUCUGCCCCUUCAGACUGUACAAGGGCUACUUAAGGCAGUGCAGCCCCUUCUCAAAGUCAGUAUGUCGAUGAGGGACUCUUUGAUACUUGUCCUUCGGAAAGCUAUGUUUGCCAGGCAGCUUGAUGCCCGAAAAUCUGCAGUUGCUGGAUUUUUGCUGCUUCUGAAGAACUUUAAAGUUUUAGGCAGCCUGUCAUCCUCUCAGUGCAGUCAGUCAAUUGGUGUCAGUCAGGUUCAUGUAGAUGUUCACAGUCGUUACAAUUCUGUCGCCAAUGAAACUUUUUGCCUUGAGAUCAUGGAUAGUUUAAGGAGAUGCUUAGGUCAACAAGCUGAUGUUCGACUCAUGCUUUAUGAGUUAAAACAGUACUAUGAGCCACAACCUGAUCUGCUGCCUCCCCUGAAAUUAGAAGCUUGUAUUCUGACCCAAGGAGAUCAGAUCUCUCUACAAGAACCACUGGAUUAUCUGCUGUGUUGUAUUCAACAUUGUUUGGCCUGGUAUAAGAGUAAAGUAAUACCCCUACAGCAGGAAGAGGAGGAGGAAGAAGAGGCAUUCUACCAAGACCUGGAUGAUAUGUUGGAGUCUAUUACUAAUAGAAUGAUAAAGAGUGAACUGGAAGACUUUGAACUGGAUAAAUCAGCAGAUUUUUCUCAGAAUACUGAUACUGGCAUAAAAAAUAGUAUCUGUGCUUUUCUUGUGAUGGGAGUUUGUGAAGUUCUAAUAGAAUAUAAUUUCUCCAUAAGUAAUUUCAGUAAGAAUAAGUUUGAGGAAGUUCUGAGCUUAUUUAAGUGUUACAAGAAACUCUCUGACAUCCUUAAUGAAAAAGCUGGUAAAGGCAAAACUAAAACAGCCAACAAAACAAAUGAUAGUAUUUUGUCCAUGAAAUUUGUUUCUGAUCUUCUCACUGCUCUUUUCAGGGAUAGUACUCCAAGCCAUGAAGAGAGCCUUUCUGUUCUCAGGUCCAGCAAUGAGUUUAUGCGCUAUGCAGUGAAAGUAGCCCUGCAGAAGGUGCAACAGCUAAAGGAAACAGGGCAUGUUAGUGGCCCUGACAGUCAAAACCCAGACAAGAUAUUUCAGAACCUCUGUGACAUAACUCGGGUCUUGUUAUGGAGGUAUACAUCAAUUCCUACUUCAGUGGAAGAGUUGGGAAAGAAAGAGAAAGGAAAAAGUAUCUCACUGUUGUGCUUGGAGGGUUUACAGAAGAUAUUCAGUGCUGUGCAACAGUUCUAUCAGCCCAAGAUUCAGCAGUUUCUCAGGGCUCUGGAUGUCACAGAUGUGGAAGACAGAGAAGAUGCAGAUGUCAGUGUCACUCAAAGAGCAGCUUUCCAGAUCCGGCAAUUUCAGAGGUCCUUGUUGAAUUUACUUAACAGUGAAGAGGAAGAUUUUAAUAGUAAAGAAGCCGUCUUACUAGUCUCUGUUCUUACCAGUUUGUCCAAGCUACUGGAGCCCUCCUCUCCUCAGUUUGUGCAGAUGUUAUCCUGGACGACUAAGAUUUGCAAGGAAAACAGCCAGGAGGAUGCCCUGUUUUGCAAGAGCUUGAUGAACUUGCUCUUCAGCCUGCAUGUUUUGUAUAAGAGUCCUGUCAUCCUGCUGCGAGACUUGUCCCAGGAUAUCCAUGGGCAUCUGGGAGACAUAGACCAGGAUGUAGAGGUGGAGAAAACAAACCACUUUGCAAUAGUGAACUUGAGAACAGCAGCUCCUGCUGUCUGUUUACUUGUUCUGAGUCAGGCUGAGCAGGUCCUCGAAGAAGUGGAUUGGCUAAUCACCAAGCUUAAGAGACAAAUGAGCCAAGAAACUCUAUCAGAAAAGGGCUCUUCUCAGGCAUCUGCACCAAAUCAUCCUGCUGCUAAAGCCAUCAUCAUGCAACUGGGAACUCUGCUUACAUUCUUCCAUGAACUGGUGCAGACAGCUCUGCCAUCAGGCAGUUGUGUAGACACCUUGUUAAAGGACCUGUGUAAAAUGUACACUAUCCUUACAGCACUAGUCAAAUAUUAUCUCCAGGUGUGUUGGAGCUCUGGAGGAAUUCCGAAAAAUAUGGAAAAGCUGGUGAAGCUGUCUGGUUCUCAUCUGACACCCCUAUGUUAUUCUUUCAUUUCUUAUGUACAGAAUAAGAACAGUCAAGGCCCGAAGCACACAGGAGAGAAGAAAAAGGAGAAAACUGCUGUUGUUGCUACAGCCAUGGCUAGAGUUCUUCGGGAAACCAAGCCAAUCCCUAACCUCAUCUUUGCCAUUGAACAGUAUGAAAAAUUUCUUAUCCACCUUUCUAAGAGGUCCAGGGUGAAUUUGAUGCAGCACAUAAAGCUCAGCACUUCAAGAGACUUCAAAAUCAAAGGAAACAUCCUGGACCUGGUUCUUCGAGGAGAUGGAGAAGAUGAAAAUGAAGAGGGUACUGCAUCAGAGCAUGGGGGACAGAAUGAACCAGCCAAGAAGAAAAGGAAAAAAGAAAUGAAAUGCCUGAGUUAAUGUGAA